AUGACAAGCCGCUACGACGACGGCACUGGCCAGCUGUGCUCCGUGUCGGUCGGCGCGCACGACUCCUGGACGUUCGACAUCGGGACCACGUUCAAUCCCCAGAAGACUUGCACGCCCACGGUGUGCCCGGCGACGAUAGUGCGGUACACGACCGCGCUAGACCCGCCCAACCCGUACAAGGACAUAGACAGCCUGGGCGGCGUGGACUGCUCCGCGUACCAGCCGCUGCCCAACCGAGACCCGAACUGGUCGUACUGCUGCGACCCGCCCGAGGACUACAACGGCAACUGGCCGGACGACUACGGCAGCAACGACGGGCAGUCGUCGCCGGGCGGAGACGCCUACGGCGACGAUUUCACCAACAUGCUCGACUACUGGACCGACGUGACCGACACGCCGGCCAAGGCCCGCCGCGAGCUGCAGACCGGACAGUCUCUCGCGUAUCAUGAGUGGCGGCAUAAGGUGAGCCGGGCCAAGUCGUCGCACGACCGCAUGCGCCGGCGGCAGGCCGACAUGGUGUCGGGCGCCGUCACGCGGCUCGACAAGCGCGACAACGAGGUGACAUCCGAGUCGCCGCGAGCCAAGCGCUGGUUCAGCUCCUUCAUCAACUGGCUCUCCAAGAUCACGACGGUCGGGAAGAGCAACGCGGGCUUUCUGACUAUGGCAGUGCAGAAGAGCGUCCUGCUGAACCGCGCCUUCGUCGGCUGCUCGCGCACCAACGCGCACAUGAGCAUCUACCUGGACGCUGAGGCCGCUAUGGAUGCCACCUACGCCUACUACUGCUCGGGUGCCCUAGGCGGCGUCGUGCCCACCGCCACGUACGCAUACUUCGCCAUGCAGCCGUACAUGUACCUGGGCCUGACCGUCACCGACGGCGCCCGCCUCGAGUACCGCAGCCCGCGCGCCAAGCUUCUCCCGACCCUGUCGUAUCCAGGCCUGGCCAUCAAGGGGCUCGCUGCCGUCGGGCCCACGCUCGACGUGUGGGGGCAGACCAUCUGCGUCGUGCAGAUCAGCGGCACUAUGCAGGCCGGCGCGCGCUAUACCUUCGAGCAGGCCGAAAUAUACUGGCCCGACGACGGCGCGGCCGCCCCUGUGCUGCAGGGCCUGGUCGGUGACACCGCCGAGCCGGUCGCGUCCGGCCUGGCGCCCGAGUUCCAGGCCGCCGUCCCGGCCUAUGUCGACCUCGACAUCAACGUCACACCCGAGGCCCACCUGGGCAUCCAGAUCGGCGGCGGCUCCGCCUUCGGCGUCACCCUGUUCGAUGCCCAGGUGGUCGGCUACGUCAACAACACUCUGCGCUUCCACGCCGACGCGACCGGCACCAUCUCCAGCAGCACCGGCAGUGCUGAGGUCGUCUACAACUACGGCGUAUACUUGCUGUACAAUAUCUGCUACGGCGGCUGGGCCACCAUCGUCGGAUACACCUGGAACGGGCAGUCGCACAACCUGUUUUCGACCCCCAAGACCAUCACGCUGUACUCCAACGGCGACGUACUUUCUACCACCUUCAAGCGCGACGUGCCGCUUCUCGCCGGCCGCUCCCUUAGCCCGGAGCUCAAGGUCGUCGGUGUGGAUGGGGAGGGUCAGGAGCGCGGGAUCCUCAACAGCGACGCCGAUGGCAGCGAGCUCGGCGACAUCGAGACCAUCUUCGCCCGAGCGCGCAUCAUUGGCAUGGACGGGGACGUUCUCUGGACCUCGGGCGAUGAGAUGAUUAACGUCACCUGCCGCGCCGCGCCCUGGAUAAACGUCGGGCCGAGCCCCGACUUCUCGCUGGGGACGCUCACCUGCCUGCCGGACUCGUGCUCCUCCGACAGCGGCAACGAAAAGCGCGCGACGUCCAACACAUGCGGCUGGGUGCUACCCUACCUGCGGUACAGCGCGGACGCCUUCUCGGACACGCAGCUCUUAGGCUACCAGCCGGGACAGCAGGCGACAGACCUGGGGAUCGCGCGCAACGUGCAGAACUUCUUCGACGCGCGGCAGCUCUCCAACAGCGGCCCAAUAACGUUGACCUGGGAGCCGGCUGGCCAGAACGCGCGCCGCGACUUCGCUUGCACAGUGCCCGAAUCCAGCUUUGGCACCAGCUACUGCGCCGUCGACAACUACCUCCUGUCGGCGAAUCUUGGCCUCGACGCCGGCGAUACCAUCAACUUUCUCAGCUGCGACGAGUUUCCGACAGCCUCGUCCGAGGAGGGCGGCAGCUUCUUCGGCACACUAGCCACAGGCCCCACGGCCGUCAUCGACGCUGGCAGCUGCAACGGCCUAGUCGCCGACGUAAGGACCAACGUGGCCUACUUCGAUGACCCGACGGCGACACCCAACUGGCAGGCCUGGGGCUCGGCCGGCAAGACGAGUAUCCAGAGGGCAGCCGGCGGCACGAACCCAGGCUGGUUCAACGGCGCGUGGCAGCGCCUUGCCCUGUACCCGUUCCAGAUCCCGAAGGCCAAGGACAUCACGUUGGCCUUCUAUGGACCCAACGCGGCCGGGGAGUACGGCGGCUACUUCCUCCGGCGCAACUUCGCCAUGGGGCUGACCGUGCCCCGGUUUCAGAGCUGCUCCGUCAUCUUCUCGGGCCCCACGCCCGCGCCGAACAGCAAGCGCGGCCUCAACUCCACCGGUGAAGCCAACAACGACGACGACGCUGUCGUCGGCACCUUCAACGGGUGGGGCGUGAAGAAGGUUAUUAUUCACGAUGAUCCAGACACGGCGCCCGACUUCGUCCCGAAGACUGCCGACCUGUUGCCGGCGGAUAUCAUAAGGAAGGCGGCGUCGUAGGCUGGUGCUGGCUCUGUUUCGUUUCUGGUUGGGUUUGAG